GCUGCGGCUGCUGUGCCUGCACGGCAAGGGCGAUACUGGCGCCGCCUUUGCUCAGCGCCUGGCGCCCUUGGGCGGGACAGCGGACAUCCUGUGCGUCGACGCCACGCACCCACUGGGCAACGGCUUCGCUUGGUGGCUGCUGCCCGAUGGUGAGCGCUCCUUUACCACGCCGCGCUUCGUCGGCUGGGAAGAGACUGCCGAGUACGUGGCGCGCGCCUGGCGGGACGGCGGGCCGUUCGACGGGCUCCUCGGCUUCUCCCAGGGCGCCAUCCUCAUCUCGUUGCGUGAUAUCCGACCCCCGAACCACAACUCUGGGUCGGUUUUUGAGGUCGCCGCGGCGACCACGGGGGCCACACAUUGGGGCACGUUAUUACCCAUUUGCGAAGACUGA